UUCUAAUAAAUAACAAUCUCACACUAUAUAAACCCAUAAUCUAUUCUGCAGAGAUACAUUCAACGAUUAAUCAUGGAUUCUUACACUCCAAUGUAUUUGGUCUUCUUGACAAUUUUAAUCAGCCGUCCAAUCAUCGGAGUUCGAGUAUACGAACCAUCGGAAUUCAAAUCAUCUCGUCUUGUCGAAUCAGAUAAUGGUGCACAAACAAAAAGUUCUGUUUUAGCUAGACAAUUUAUCAUUAGAGGUAAUGCUCAAAUUUCUGGUUCUGCCAAUGGCUUUGGUCACGGACAAGCUGGAGCUUCGGGCAUCGGGAGUGGUUCAUCUCAUGGAUUUGGCCAAGGACAAGGUUUCAGUAGUGCAUCUAAUAAUGGUGCAGGUGCUUUAGGAGCAAGCAAUUACAAUAGCAAUAACGUAGCAAGCAAUUACAAUAGUAAUAUUGGAGCAGCUGGAAGUGGCAGUGGGUUUGGAAGUGGAUCUGGUAACGGAAAUGGAUUUGGUUCUGGAUUUGGUGAGGGAAGUGGAAUAGGAACUACUGGUUCGGGUGGUGGUUUUGGGGGAAGUAGUGGAUUUGAAGGUUCUACUUCUGGUAGCGGAGGACAAGGUUUUGAAGGUGGUUUUGGAGGAGGAAAUGGUCAAGGAGCGAGCGGAAAUUUUGGUAAUGGUGGAGUAUCGGGUGGAAACAUAGUAAAUGGAGUUGGAUUUGGUGGUGGAACGACAUCUGGAAAUGGCUUUAGUAGUGGUAAUGGAGCUAUAACCGGAAAUGAAUUUGGGUCUGGUAAUGGAAAUGGAUUUGGGUCUGGUAAUGUAAAUGGAUUUGAGUCUGGUAACGGAAAUGGAUUUGGGUCUGGUAAUGUAAAUGGAUUUGGGUCUGGUAACGGAAACGGAUUUGGGUCUGGUAACGGAAACGGAUUUGGGUCUGGUAAUGGAAAUGGAUUUGGGUCUGGUAACGGAAAUGGAUUUGGUGGGGGAAGUGAAAUAGGAACUGCUGGUUCAGGUGGUAGUUUUGGGGGAGGUAGUGGAUUUGGAGGUACUUCUUCUGGUAGUGGAGGACAAGGUUUUGGAAAUGGUUUUGGAGGUGGGAAUGGUCAAGGAGCGAGCGGAAAUUUUGGUAAUGGUGGAGUAUCAGGGGGUAAUACAGUAAAUGGAGUUGGAGUUGGCGGUGGAACGACAUCUGGAAAUGGCUUUGGAAGUGGUAAUGGAGCAGGUAAUGGUGGGGGUGGAUUUGGGGGUGGUCAAAGUAAUGGAUUUGGAAAUGGUCAAGCUACAGGAUUCGGCGAAGGUUUUGGGUCAGGAACAGGGGAAGGUUACGGAGAAGGUGAAGGAUUUGGUUCAGGAGCUGCAUUCAAUGGUGGUUCUGGAAACUUACAAGGUCAAAACCAAGUAUCUCAAAUAGGAAGUGGUUCAGGUGGCCAGGGUGGUGGGUCAUUAGGAGGUGGUAUUGGAUUUGGUUUUGGUGGAUCUGGAAACGAGGAUUUUGACAUAAAAAAAUAAAAACAUAUUUUUGUAAUUUUAUUUAAAUUUAACAUCAUAUUUAUUUAAUUUAUCAACUUUCUAUGUAUUCAAUAAAUCAUAUUUAAUAAAUUUUAUUUAUAUACUUUAAGAUUAUUCUACUGUAAUUGUUAAAGAUUAAGUUUGUAAGCUCGCAUAAAUUACCUACGAGUUAAAUUUUAUUGUAAAAAUAUGUUUAUAAAUUCAUAAUUAAAAGAAGCAAAAA